UUUUAAAAUGGAAGACCUUAUUAAUUUUGAAGGGGAAGAUAACGCUGGGAGUGGACAUGCAAACGCCCUUGGUGGUCUAGGUGAUGCCUUCUUUGCUUCAAACACUCCAGGUCAGACUCCUGAAGGGAAAGAAGAGUGAAAAAUUGACCCUGGAAACGAUCUUAUCAAUUUUGAUGAACCAAGCAGAACCAAUAAUCUGAUUGACUUCGCAGGCAUUACUGAUGAUGUUAUUCAACUAGACCACGAUAGUGAUGACGAUCAGGAAGUAGAGAGCGAGUUCGGGCCAAUCGAGCAAGGACAGAAGAGAAUAAUUGUAGCUUAUAAUGACCUCAAAUUCCCUGUUAAUUGGUACGAGGAUACCCCUCUCUCUGAUGUUAGAGAGAUGGUGAUCUGUGCUUGAGACUCAAUUAUUGAUUCUGGAUUUGAGCUUUUGAGCCCAGAAGAUGGCCAGCCUUUAGAUCUCACAAAAGUUAACAACAUCAAAGGAAGAGGAGAAAAAUAUACAAUCAUUAAGGCAGAUGAGAAGAAUGAAUAUGAAAAUUUGUUAGGUGAUAGAUGGCGUAAAAUCGUUCUUGAAGUAGAGCCUCUCAGACAUAUUGAAGCCCAGAAAGCUAUUGAAUACAUGAGGCUUGGUAGUAAUCUCCUCAGGCAUUAUGACAACCAGUAUCCCAAUAUCCGGCUAUUCCAGCUCAGUGAUGAUCUGAAGAAACUCAUGUGGUUUAGUGGCACCAAAAGUAUCGGCGAUUCUUACAUAGAUUUGAGGAAGAUUUCUAACAUUCAAGUUGGCCAGAAGACCAAGAGGUUCAAGAAGUAUCCUCAGCCUGCCUUGGAGCAUCUUUCGUUCUCGAUUCAUUACAAAAUCAAUAAGAAAAAGGAAGACUCUUUGGACCUAACUUGUAAGGAUGAACUCGAGUUUGAUUUAUGGGUAACUGGAAUUAGAGCGCUUUCAUACCAUUUUAAGAACUUUCCGAUCUCUAAAAUGCUACUUUUGGGUCACUCCCGUGCUUUUAAUGAGGAGCUUCGGAACAAGAAGAUUGGCGAAGCCAAUAAGUUCUUGGUUGAGAAAGAUCAAGACAAGUAUGAAUCUAAACAACUGAUUGAUUGUUUGAGAGGCAAGCCUCUGAACACCAGCCAGUUGCAAGAUAAGAUAGUCAUUCUCGGGAAGAAAUUAAGAAGUAAAAGGCAACGGGUCGAAGAGCUAGCAGAUGAUAUCGCACAUAAUCCAACGGGUGAAUCCGUUGGAAUGGGGUACAAGAUGCUCUCCUCUGGUCCUGAGAAUGAUCUCAGAGGUGACAGCUUGGCUGCAGAUGAUGAUUUCGAUGAGAAAGCAGACGGUAAGGACAUCCAGAUUACCAGAAUGCUAGAUUUGUUGGAUUCUUCAGAGAAAGGACUCAAUGAAGUUAAAAAUACUCUGAAAGUGUAUACAGAUAAUGAUAAUUCAAUUCCUAAAGAUUUUGAAGGUGUUCCUAAAAGAUACAAAUCUGAUCCUUUGAGAUACCUAGACUCACUGGUCUGGAAGAUUGAGAUAGACAUUGAGAAUGUUGAUGAUAUUUGAAAAAGACUCAAAGAUGACAGCCACCAGACCAUCAGAGAGCAGCUGAAGAGUUUCAUGCCAUCCAUUUUCUAA